UUAUUUUCUUUCCUUUUAUUAUAAAUAACCAAACCAAUCCUUUAAAUUUUUAUCUCGUUUUUCUUAUAUAAUAAAAGAGAAUCUUUUGAUAGCUUAUAUUCUUAAAAUCAAACUAUCCAAAAUCAUUAAAAAAUGUGUGAUGAUGAUGUAGCAGCAUUAGUUGUGGAUAAUGGAUCAGGAAUGUGCAAAGCUGGAUUUGCUGGUGAUGAUGCGCCAAGAGCGGUUUUUCCAUCUAUCGUAGGCAGGCCUCGACAUCAGGGAGUUAUGGUGGGUAUGGGACAAAAAGACAGCUAUGUUGGCGAUGAGGCCCAAAGUAAGAGAGGUAUCCUGACCCUCAAAUAUCCUAUCGAACAUGGUAUUGUUACCAAUUGGGACGACAUGGAAAAGAUUUGGCACCACACCUUUUACAAUGAACUCCGGGUAGCCCCAGAGGAACACCCUGUCUUAUUAACGGAAGCCCCCCUUAACCCCAAAGCCAAUAGGGAAAAGAUGACUCAAAUAAUGUUUGAAACCUUUAACACGCCCGCGAUGUACGUCGCUAUCCAAGCCGUUCUUUCACUAUACGCAUCAGGUCGUACUACGGGGAUUGUUUUGGAUUCUGGCGAUGGUGUCUCGCAUACCGUACCUAUAUAUGAGGGUUAUGCUUUACCUCACGCUAUUCUUAGAUUGGAUUUAGCUGGGCGUGAUUUGACCGAUUAUCUUAUGAAGAUAUUGACGGAGCGUGGAUAUUCUUUCACUACCACUGCCGAAAGAGAAAUUGUGAGAGAUAUCAAGGAAAAGUUGUGUUACGUAGCUCUCGACUUUGAACAAGAGAUGGCCACCGCCGCAUCUUCCAGUUCCCUUGAAAAGAGCUAUGAACUGCCCGAUGGUCAAGUCAUUACCAUUGGAAAUGAACGUUUCAGGUGUCCAGAAGCUUUAUUCCAACCAUCUUUCCUUGGCAUGGAAUCGACUGGAAUUCAUGAAACAACUUAUAAUUCCAUAAUGAAAUGUGACGUGGAUAUUCGUAAGGACUUAUACGCCAAUACUGUUCUUUCUGGUGGUUCCACCAUGUUUCCGGGCAUAGCCGAUAGAAUGCAAAAAGAGAUUACUUCCCUAGCUCCCAGCACUAUGAAAAUAAAGAUCAUUGCCCCACCUGAGAGGAAAUAUUCUGUUUGGAUUGGUGGUUCCAUCCUUGCCUCCCUUUCUACCUUCCAACAGAUGUGGAUUAGCAAACAAGAGUAUGACGAGAGUGGCCCAAGCAUAGUUCACAGAAAAUGCUUCUAAAUUUUUGGCUUAUUUCUAACCCAAACCUUAUAAAAUAUUAUAUUUUUUAAUUUACCUAACAUUCCUAUUUAUUUUU